GCUUCUCAUCCCAGAGAGUAUGCGGUCUGGAAGAAACUCGAUCGGGACUUCGAUGGCUACCUCAGCCACGCCGAGAUUCGAGCGAUGUGCCGCAAGUUCGACGCAACAGAGCAUGCAGGCGUGCUGAUCCGGAUCUUGGAUCCCGACAACCAGGGGCAGGUGGACCUGGCCCGGUUCUGCGAGCAGUUCUCCGCCGUCCAGAUGGUCCGCAAUUCCGCGCGGCUGAAGCACUGGCAUCGCACCUUUGGUCUGGGUGUGGCCGGGAACGUUGCAGGCCACAUGGCGCAAGCCGGCGAAGCGGACCCAGAUCAGGCGCCGACAGAGACUGGGCGCCGGAGUCCCCGCGGUGCUUUCUGA